AUGACGAGAGGAUCGAAAUUCGAGGUCUCGAAAUUUGAUGGUCAUGGCAAUUUCGGAUUAUGGCAGACGAGAGUAAAAGAUUUAUUGGCGCAACACGGAAUUCAGAAAGGGCUGCGCGCAGAAAAGCCAAAGGGGAUGGAAGACGAUGAUUGGGUAACCAGGAUCGUGGAAGAAAACAGGUACGGGAUAAUUCAGGAAAUCGGAAUUUCAGAUCCAAGUCGCGAGACAAAUAGAAAGGGAGGAAAACUGUGA